AUGGUCAAUCUUCAUGGUAUCUCCUCCAGGGAUUGGAAGAAGAGCAACGAUAUGAAGUGCGAGUGUGCUGGGCAGCUACGGAUCCAACCUCAUUUCGUCUUAAUACUUAUGAUUUAA